AUGCCAUACCUUCCCACUUCCCAGGCCUACCUGGAACAAUCAGCGCUCCUCCUCGAUGCAUACCCAAACGACACCCGCAUAACAACAAAAUACAACUUCCCCUCCUCCCAAAAGGCCAAACCAACCGAAGAAUCAACAACACCGACGGCCCCAAUUGCAUCUCUCACACUAAAAACCUACAACCCAACCUCUGGAAUCUGCCUCAAAUAUCGCACGAACAAAGCCGCCGAGGUAGGGCGGUUGAUUACAUCUCUAGGAAAGCUAGCGGGUGGUGCGAAUGUGGCUGCGUUGGGAUUGGGAAAUGCGGCUGCUGCGCCAGUAGCGCAGGCUGGUGGUGAUGUGGAGAUGACUGAUGCGCCGGAGGAGGGGACGGGCUCUGCUCCUGCGGCGAAGACGGAGGGGAAUAAGGGCGGGAAGGGGAAGAAGAAGGGUGGAAAGGGAAAGAGGUGA